CCCCGCGUCGGCAUCGCCGUCCUCAUCUUCGGGCGCGCCAACCAAGUCCUGCUGGGCGAACGCAAAGGCAGCCACGGCGCCGGCACCUGGGCCCUGCCGGGGGGCCACCUGGAGCCCGGCGAGACGUGGGCCGCGUGCGCCGCCCGCGAGGUCCUCGAGGAGACCAACCUGGCCGUUUCGGGGCUCCGCUUCCUGACGGCCACCAACGACGUGAUGGCCGCCGAGAACAAGCACUACAUCACCAUCUACCUGGGGUGCACGCCGACGCGGCGCGAGGAUUGCAGGGCGCCGCCGCCCGUCAUGGAGCCCGACAAGUGCCGCGAGUGGCGCUGGGUGGAGUGGGAGGAGGUCACGCGGUGGUAUCGGCUGCAGGACGAGGCGGAGAAACUGGCUGCCACAGACUUCACUGCAAGGACUUCCGCUGGGGAUCCCGCUAAGCUGGGGCUCGAGCAUCCGUUGUUCUUGCCGCUCAUGAACCUCUUUCGGCAGCAG